AUGAAGUCACUGCUUGGGACUCUUUACCUCCUGGGAAUGCUGGUUCCUGGGGGGCUUGGGUAUGAUGGAUCCCCAGCUGAGGUUGUGGACAAGACAGGGAGUCCCUGGAGGAGCCUAGAGACCUAUAACUAUAGCAAAUACCACCCCAUUGAGGAGAUCUAUCAGUGGAUGAGCCAGAUAAGUGAGAAGUACAAGGAUGUGGUGACACAGCAUUUCCUAGGACUGACCUAUGAGACGAGGCCCAUGAAUUAUUUGAAGAUCAGCCAACCAUCAGAUAAUCCCAAGAAGAUCAUUUGGAUGGACUGUGGAAUUCAUGCCAGGGAGUGGAUUGCCCCAGCUUUUUGCCAAUGGUUUGUGAAAGAAAUUCUACAAAACUACAAAGACAACUCAAGGAUAAGAAGGCUCCUUAAUUACCUGGACUUCUAUGUGCUUCCAGUUCUUAACAUCGAUGGUUAUAUCUACAGUUGGACCACUGAUCGUGUUUGGAGGAAAUCCCGGUCAUCCCAUAAUAAUGGCACAUGCUUUGGGGCGGAUCUCAAUCGAAAUUUCAAUGUAUCUUGGUGUAGUGUUGGUGCAUCUACAGACUGCAAAGAUUUAACAUUCUGCGGGACAGGACCUGCGUCUGAACCUGAAACUAAAGCUGUCUCUAGCUUUAUAGAGAGCAAGAAGGAGAACAUUCUGUGCUUCUUUACCAUGCACUCUUACGGGCAGCUCAUUCUCACCCCUUAUGGCUACACCAAGAAUAAAUCAAGUAACCAUGAAGAACUGAUUCAAGUUGCAGAGAAGGCGGCAAAUGCAUUGAAAGCAAAGCAUGCGAUGACUUACAGAGUUGGCUCAAGUGCAGAUAUUUUAUAUGCUACAUCAGGGUCUUCAAGAGACUGGGCUCGGGACAUUGGGAUCCCCUUCUCAUACACGUUUGAGCUGAGAGACACUGGUACACAUGGAUUUAUUCUGCCAGAAGAUCAGAUCCAGCCCACGUGUGAGGAGACCAUGGAGGCUGUGCUCUCUAUGCUGGAUGAUGUGUAUAAUAAAUAUUGGUCCUCUAACUGUGCCGGGAAGGUCAUGUCUACCACUGUGGUGCUGAGCCUGCUAAUGCUCUUCAUUUCUCUUCUCUAAGUGCAUCCUUCCCAGGCAUGCUGAACCCCAGUGACAUGGGUGUGGUUGUAAGGAAAGUAUUUGCCUGUGG